AUGACGCGGCGCACACGGUUAUUCACGCCUUUACUGGCGUUGGCAUAUGCUACGUCUGGUGCGUGGGCUGGCAAGAAGAUGUUCAACAUCCAUGAUGACCUACUAGCACACCCUCAGUAUCAAGUCCGUUUCCCAGACGACUACGUUCUCGAAUCGCAAGCAGACGAGCUGCUACAGGCACAGCACGCUUCAACAUACGGCAGCGCAAAUGUCGAACAGAAACAAGCACAAGUUUACAUGUCGAAUUCGAAUAAAUCAAAACGCGAUAAUGAAGAUGGUGACGCCACCGAAGUUUCUUACGAAGAGAUGAGCCUCGACGGACAGCGAUUCCUUUGCGAGAUACCACGGGUGGAUUUUGACAAUCGUAACCAGACCAAAGUGAAUGAGCCAAACGAAGACGAGGAGAAAAAGGAGUUGGCACGCGCAACAGAUCGUGGGUUGGAACUGCUUCGCGAAUUGGAAGGGAAAUGCAUGUACUACGUUUCUGGGUGGUGGUCCUAUUCGCUUUGCUACAAGAGGCAGAUAAAGCAAUUCCAUGCUUUGCCGGCCGGAGGUGGUGUGCCUGGUUAUCCUCCGAUGGAAGACCCCACUACCCAUUCAUUUGUCCUGGGUAGAUUCCCUCGGAAAGACGACCGGAAUGAUAUCGAUGAAGAACCGAUGCAAAAGAGGACAACAACGGACGUGGCGGAGCUCCAGACAAAGGGAGGGUCGCGAUACCUGGUACAGAAGCUCGAGGGCGGGACUGUUUGCGAUCUAACGGGCAAGAGUCGGAAGAUUGAGAUCCAGUUCCAUUGCCAUCCUCAGUCGACGGACCGGAUCGGAUGGAUCAAGGAGCUUACCACCUGCUCCUAUCUGAUGGUCGUGUAUACCCCACGCCUGUGCAAUGAUGUUGCGUUCCUGCCACCCCAGCAGGACGAGGUCCAUACGGUUGAUUGCCAUGAGAUUCUCGCCCACGAUGAAGUUGCUGACUGGGGAGCAAUGAGAGAGUAUCAGUUGUCUCAGAAACUAGUGGAGUCUGGAAUCCCGCUAUCCGACCUCCGCAUCGUUGGUGAUAUUGAGGUUGGCGCCCAGAAGCUAGUCGGGACAGAAGGCAAACGGAUCGAAAAGGGGCGAGUGGCGUCUGUUGGCGAAGAGAAAGUGGACGUAGUGGCCAAGCGCGAGAACGGCAAACUGCAAGUGUUGUCCAAGAAUGAGCUCAAAAAGUUCGACCUGGAUCCGGACAAAAUCGAAACGCUGAAGAGACACCUGGAAAAGGAGGCCAAAGGUCGAGACUGGACCUUGGAAAUGGUCGAGGUCAAUGGUGAGCGUGGGUUACGCGGGAUUAUCGAGUCGGAUGAGGAGGAAGAAGAAGAAGAUGGGUCUGCAGAGAUGCCCGAUGAAUCUGAACGGACUGAGAUCCCUGCUGCUGCGAAGGACAACGAGAAGGGUCAGGAGAAGGGUCAGAAGCAACCUGAGCCCCAGCCUGUUACUGAAACUGGGGACUCCAGCGAGCCGGAAGGUUCGCCUGAAAAUGCAGAACAAGGCAGUGAAGAGGUCUUCUUCCGAGACGAGCUAUGA